GAGCCCAGUUGAAGACCAUGCAUAACUUGAGAUUACUGAGAGCCGAUAUGCUGGAUUUCUGUAAACAUAAGCGUAAUCAUCGAAGUGGAGUAAAGCUUCACAGACUUCAAACUGCAAUGUCUCUCUAUUCAACCUCUCUCUGUGGCCUGGUUUUAUUGGUAGAUAACCGUAUCAGUUCAUAUAGCGGCAUCAAAAGAGAUUUUGCAACUGUUUGCCAAGAAUGCACAGAUUUCCAUUUUCCUGGAAUUCAAGAACAGCUUGAAAUUGUCCAGAAGGUUGUACUUAAGGCCCGAGCACAGCGUAGCAGUAAGUCGAAAAGACAUCACGAAAACAGAAGUAGUGGAAAUGAAGAUAAAUUAAAGAAUAUUGAACGAAACCAGUCAAAUAUUUUGCCAGGAGAAUUCUACAUCACACGCCAUUCGAAUCUUUCUGAAAUUCAUGUUGCUUUUCACCUCUGUGUGGAUGAUAAUGUAAGAUCUGGCAACAUAACCGCUCGGGAUCCUGCAAUCAUGGGACUCAGAAAUAUUCUCAAAGUUUGCUGCACGCAUGACAUUACUACCAUUAGUAUUCCUCUCCUAUUGGUGCACGAUAUGUCAGAAGAAAUGACCAUUCCAUGGUGCUUGAAGAGGGCAGAGCUUGUGUUCAAGUGUGUCAAAGGUUUCAUGAUGGAAAUGGCCUCAUGGGAUGGAGGAGUUUCUCGGACUGUACAAUUCUUGGUACCACAGACAAUUUCUGAGGAAAUGUUUUACCAGCUGAGUAAUAUGCUUCCACAAAUCUUCAGAGUAUCCUCUACAUUGACUCUGACCUCUAAGCACUGAAUUUUGUGCAGCAGUAAGAUAUAUCCUCUUGACAAAGGAUGAGAUUACAGAGAUUCUGGAAUGGAAUGUCUCUUUUCUGAGGGAUGAUGACCCUGAAAUGGUAUUUGUUGCAAUUUCAAGAAUCAUG